UCAUUCAAGUUCAGUGUGAACUCUGAGAAACAAUCACCUUUGGAAGUGAGUGAGUGAACCAGUGUGAGAGUGUGAGUGAGUGAGUGAGUGAACCAUGAACGUUCUCAUGCCGUCCAUGCUCGAGGACGAUCCACACCUGAUGGUGGAGCCGUCGGUCCAGAUCUUCGAGCAGCCGCGGCAGCGCGGCAUGCGCUUCAGGUACAAGUGUGAGGGUCGUUCAGCCGGCAGCAUCCCCGGAGAGAAGAGCUCCGACAACAACAGGACGUACCCGAGUCUGCAGAUCCUGAAUUACUCUGGAAAAGGUAAAGUUCGCGUUUACCUGGUGACGAAGAACGAGCCCUACCGUCCUCAUCCUCACGACCUGGUGGGGAAGGACUGCAAAGACGGGUUCUACGAGGCCGAGUUCGGUCCGGAUCGCAGAGUGAUCGCUUUUCAGAACCUGGGGAUUCAGUGUGUGAGGAGGAGGGAGGUGAAGGACGCCAUCGUCCAGAGAAUCACCAGAGGAAUCAACCCCUUCAAUGUUCCACGUGAGUUGCUGCUGCAGACGGAGGAGUACGACCUGAACGUGGUUCGUCUCUGCAUCCAGGUUUUCCUGCAGGAUGAAAACGGCCACUACACGCGACCUCUGAACCCCAUCGUCACCAACCCCAUCUACGACAACAGGGCCCCAAACACGGCAGAGCUGAGGAUCUGUCGGGUCAACAGGAACAGCGGCAGCGUCAAAGGACAGGACGAGAUCUUCUUACUCUGUGACAAAGUCCAGAAGGAUGACAUUGAAGUGCGGUUCUUCUCAUCCGACGGCUGGGAGGCCAAAGGCUCCUUCUCACAGGCGGACGUUCAUCGCCAGGUGGCUAUCGUCUUCAAGACUCCGCCCUACUACAAUACCUCCAUCACAGAGUCGAUCACGGUGCAAAUGCAGUUGCGGCGACCCUCGGAUCAGGAGGUCAGCGAGCCCAUGGACUUCAGAUAUUUGCCGGACGACAAAGACCCGUAUGGCUACAACGAGAAAAAGCGUGGACGAUAUGAGCUGAUUAAAAUGGGAUUGACAGGUGGUAAUUUCUCUGGUCUCGCUAUGAACAGACCGAAGGCAGUGUCGCAGUCUACCAUGAAUCAUAUGCGUAAAGACCCCAACAACAUGUACUUGAGGCAGCAGACUGCAUCUACCAUUCAGCAACAGCAGCAGCAGCAGCAGCCCUCCAUGUUCAACCAACCGUACCAGCCGGGGCCUCAGAAUGUGAUCAUGACAUCACAUGUUCCUAAUGUACAAAUCGGCCAAUCAUGGGCAAAUCCUAAUCCAGCACUCUCAGUGGAUACAGUCACCAUAAACCACGGUGCCAUGAGCAAUCUGCCACGUCCCAACAGCAGCAGGCAACAGCAGCCAAAGCACGGAUCUGGUUACCAUCGCAGAAUGGAGCACCCCAGCUGUGAGAACAACACCCUACCACAGCUCUCCAUCGGGGACCUGCAGUGUUUGGAUGCAGUCCCUCAGGCCACUUUAAGGAAUCAGUCGGAGUCCCCAGCCUUCCACCUGCACCAGCAAAGGGCUGAGCUUGACUCUGAGACCAGGGCCCAGAACCAUGCGGGCAACCAGAAUCAGGGACUCCAAACUAUGUGGCCGACUUUUAAUACCCUCAAUACAGUCCAGAACACAUAUAACGGGUCAGUCCCUGGAGGUGGUAGCGGGUCACAGGGGCUAGGCUCUUUCCCCUUCCUUGAGGGAAUUGAAGGUGAUGAUUUUCUGAAGAUCCUGGUGGGAGGGUCUUCUAAAACUGGCCUCCAGCUGAAGCAGGAACCCCAAUUCACAAUGACACAGGAGAGCCACACUGCUCUCAUGCAAUCCCCAAGAGAAAGCCAAGGUAUAACGUACACCAAUUUGCUCCCUCGGCCAAUGAGUAAUGGCACAAACAUGGAUCAAAUGAUACACGAUGGUAGCGGCGGUGCCCAGGGUCUUAAGAAUCUUCAGAAUCCUUACUCAAACAGUAUGGCCUCAGACGGCCCCUUUUCAACUGUGGCUGACUGGAUCAAAGCCACUCGCCAAAGUGAAUGAAAGCAGUUGUGGCAUCAAAAAAUAAACUGCUCCGAGGGCUACACUGGUAUGGUCUGGUUUGGCCGUGCAAAGCCACAGAUUUUGCUUUGUGUGUGUGGGCAAUAACCAGACAAGGAGGUAGGAACUGUCUUGUUCCCUGAUUUGCCAAUGACAUCACAAGGAAUGUUACCUACAUCUAACUAGGUCUGGUCUAUGUUGGGAUUUCCCCAUUGCAUUUUUCCUUGACGACUAGUAACAUAAUUCAUUAUUUAGUUUAGUUUUUGGCCUUUUUGUCAUGUUUGGCCAUUAACCAUUAUCUCCCAUUAAAUUAUACCAAGAAGGAUACACCUUUUGGAAUUUUUGUUGCUAAAAAAUGGGAGGACACAUUUAUUGAAUUGGUUCCAUGUGAUGUCGUGUGUGGUCUUUGUUUCUCAUCAGCAAACUGUAAAUACACUUUUAUUCCACAUUGUAUCAACCCACGAAACAGAGGCAGCUCAAUUUCAGAGGUUCUCUUGUCUUACACCAGUGACACCAUUUUAUAUUUGUGUAAGGUGUUCUGUGAAGGUUCCACCCUGCAAUCAUUGAUUGUGCAUUCCAGUUUUAGUUGGAAGUCGUAAUUUCCCAGUUACAAGUAGGAAGAUUAAAGUUCUCAACACAUUCAAACUCCAAACUUGAAAAAAUCAAAAUGGAUGCUCUUAGCAUCAACAAAAUUAAAGAUGUACUGGGGGUUUUAGCAUUUCUGUGUUCUUUAUUUCCGAUCCAAUACGUCGUUCACAGAGUAUUGUCCUACUGGUUCCAGUUUUUCAUGUAUGAAAUACACUGUAAUGCUUAUCAAAUGGACCAAGUUAGCUUACUACUUAGCAGACCUAACUGUGUCGCUAACAUUAACCACAGAAUAACCAAAGGUGGGGGAAACAUUUCGAUACCAUUAUGAAAUUAGACAAAUUAGAGCAUGUCAGAGAAGACAAAGUAGCUUGCAAAUUAGCAAAGCUAGCUGAAAAUGCAAAAAAUACAUAUAUAUAUAUAUAUAUAUAUAUAUAUAUAUAUAUAUAUAUAUAUAUAUAUAUAUAUACAUCAACCACCAAAUAUCCCAGUUACCCACUCUCUGUGGAAACUGGAAUGCACAUAACUCGGGUAGGACUUACAAGAAAACUGGAAUGAACUAUUUAAAGUGAUGAGUUGCAUUAUAGCUGUGACCACGUCCCCUUAUUCACUGAUUAAUUUGGAUUACUUUAAAUAAAACAGACCUGGUUUCUAACACGAGAGCGUGGUGGAUUCAUGCCUCACUGUGGUGUUUUCUAAGGUGAAUGUACUGCUUUUUUUUUAUCAUUUAUUUGUCUCUCUCAGGAGAAAUUCCUGUUAUUGUAGAUUUACUUAUUAUUGUUUCAUUCAUAGCUUGAUAUUUUUGCUUUCUUUGACAGACUGUUUGCUAUUAAGUGCACUCUGUACAUACAUGUUAGCCAUAGUUGAGCAUGGCUUGUGCUAAAACACUCGACGAUUGGCAAGGUACUGAAAUUUCCAUUGAGGAAGUGGGAGGAAGCACUUUGAGUAGGUGUCUUUCCUUUGUAAUGACUAUGUCAUACCAGUGAUCACAUGUAUUCUCCAGAGUUUUCAGAGAUGUUUUAUUGAUACAUACUGUAUGUUAACUUUUUUGUUUUUCUUUAAUUGUUUUAUUCAUUCAACACAAAGCUCUCUGGAUAGGAAGUGACUGGACAUGUGAUGACGAUGAUGAUGAUGAAGAUGAUGGAGAAGAAUUUUUCUUACUUAGUGUACAUUCCAGAAGCUUUGAUGAGUACAUUGUAAAUUUUGCUUUUUUUAAAAAGAAAAAAAUUGUUCUACUAC